AUAGCAAACGACAGGAACCAGCGCCGCGCGACCUUUGCUCGUCAUUUUGCAACUCGCCGCCUUUGCCCAGCAUGGCCGACGUGCGGAGCAUCACACAGCGCCUGGACAGCCUACCGCUGACGGGCUUCCUCUGCAUCAGCGGUCCUUAUUGGGCCCUCCUCUUCAAGACCGGGCUCGGCUGGGCCUUCGACGCGAUGGACGUGUUUCUGUUCACGUACCUCGGGACUGCGACGGGUGGCAGUGGUGGCUGGAUGAAGGAGCUCAAACCGACCGCGCAUGAAAAGGGAUUGCUCGGAUCGGCGUCCUUCGCUGGGUCGCUCGUGGGCGCCGUCUUGUUUGGCCAGCUCGCCGACAUGUACGGUCGCAAGAAUAUGUUUGCCAUGACACUGCUCGUGUUUAUGCUGGGAACACUGUUGUGCGCGACUGCGUCGGACGUGGACACCAUGCUCGCAUUCCGCUUCAUCGCGGGGAUCGGUUUGGGCGGUGAAUUGCCGGUCGCGUCGGUUCUUGUCCAAGAGUUGGUGCCGACGGCCGUCCGAGGCCGCAUCAUCGUUCUGUUGGAGUCGUUCUGGUCCGUCGGGUGCAUGCUCGCCGUGCUGUUGGGUCUGGAGCUUGUCAAGGUCGUGAGCUGGCGCACCGUAUUCUACCUGUCAUGCAUUCCUGCGCUGUGGGCGAUUGUGAUCCGUUUCUGGAUUCCCGAGUCGCCCAAGUGGCUGGCUUCCGUGGGUCGGUCGGCCGAGGCCGAAGCGAUCGUGGAAAAGAUCGAAUGCGCCCACGGGGUGUCGCCCACGACGGGCGACAUCAAAGCCGACGUGGCUGGCGACUCGAUCUGGUCGACGCUCAGCCCUUUCCAACGCCAACUCGUGCUGUUUCGCGGCGAGUUUCUCGUGCGCACGGUCGUGUUGUGGACGGUCUGGAUCCUCAUUGCGUUUUCGUACUACGCCAUCUACGUGUGGCUGCCGACGAUUCGCGGCAAGGAGAAGGGCGGAUUCAACAUCAACGGGUCGACGUGGGACAUCUUCUUCAUCGUGUUCUGGCAGUUUCCAGGGUACUUGUCAGCUGCCUACUUGGUCGAAGUCAUCGGGCGCAAGAACACGCUGGUCGGGUACCUCUUGGGCUCGUUUGCGUCGGCGCUGGCGUUUGGGUACGUCGAGAACACUCAGUGGAACCUGCGCAUCGCGGGUGCGUUCAUGAGUUGGUUCAUGCUCGGUGCAUGGGGAGCGUUGUAUGCGUAUACGCCAGAAAACUACCCCACGGGCAUCCGCGCAACAGGAUGCUCGACCCCGAACGCGUUCAGCCGCAUCGGCGCGAUUGCUGGCCCGUACGUGAUGCCGCUCAUGGUCGAAGCCGAAUGGUCGAGUCCGACCAUCAUGUGGAUCGCGGGAGGCAUUCCCAUGCUGCUUGCCGCGACCGUACUGCUCCUUCUCGGCUAUGAAACCCAUGGCCAGGACGUCGAAGUGUGUCCUCGCGUCCAAGCGAUCGUCAAGAACAACGCGGGCGGCGACCAUGUCGCCGUCGCCACGCCUGGCCAUGACUUUUGAACUAACCAGAAAAAGAUCCCUUCAUCGUCCAUGACGGCGCAGAUCUCGCGUCCAGGUUAGGUCGCAUGGCGCUUGCCACGAGCUGGUCUUGAUGGAUGCCCUCCAUCGCGAUAGUCGAUAUGUCUCGGUGGACCACAGGUCGUGGUGUCAAGGCAUCCGUCCGCCUUGGCAUUGUCGACGUCCUCCAACGCGCGCCGACGUUGUGUGGGACGUCAUGCGUUUUUGUCGCGAGUUGCAGUUGCGGCCGAGGUGAACGGGGCCGUGCCGCGUGCUGCUGUGGUGGCGUUCUGGGCCGAUGCUGUCGAACGAGUUUCCACGAGGUGUUUGGGUAUGCCGCG